AUGUUUCCAGAAAAAUUGAAGACAGCAAAAAAUACUCAAUUUCAUGGAAAAAAUACACAACAUGGAUUCCAAAAAUCGAAAUCUACUGUGAAUGCUAGCUUUGCAUUUCUAAAUGAAGCCUUAAAUGCAAUAGACAGUAAAGAGCAUAUCUCAGCCAUUUUUCUAGACCUCUCUAAUGCAUCUGAUGUCAUCAGUCACAACAUCUUGCUUAAGGAACUUGAAUCUGUAGGUACUAGGGGCCCAGCCCAUGAAUGGCUAAAAUCAUAUCUCCAAAAUAGAGAGCAAGUAGCUGUGCUUCCUAUGCAAGAAGGGAACAAGAUAAAGUACUACUGCUCAGAGAAGCACAGUGUACUACAAGACUCCAUUCUAGGACCAAUUCUGUUUCUACUCUUUGUAAAUGACUUGGAUCCAACCAGUCCACACCAUAAUUACAUAAAAUUUGCAGAUGAUACAAUUGUAAUGAUAAAAGAAAGGACCAGAGAAGAAUUACUGCAUGAGAUUAAGAAGUGUACCACCCACAUUACAGAUGGGUUUUCUGUAAACAAUUUAGUAAUAAACACAGAAAAAACAGUUACAAUGCACUUACACAUAGUGGAGAAUAAAUAUCCACUAAUACGAGACAUAGAGUUGUUUUCCAGAGCCUUUGAAAAUGUAAGCUCUACAAAACUUCAUGGAAUAUUGAUCCAGGAAGAUCAGAGAUAG